GCCCGCAGAUCGCCCGUAUAAGAUGCUGCCCUCCUCGUCCAUCACGCCCUUCUCUUCCUCUCUCCCCGUCCUCCAAGUCCAACCCGAGGCGAGCUAAUCGCAGCCCUCCCUCCGCCAACAAGCUGCGUCUUGCCAGUGCCCGAACAGCCCACAUCGCCUCCCUCGGCCGUGGCUAUCUUCAAGGCACUUUGCCCAGUUUCAUCAGCACACCGCCCCAAACCUCCCUCGGCCAAUCCUCAACCAACCAUGGCCAAAGACAAGACCUCCAAGGCACAGUCGAAAAAGACUGCCGCCGCUGAGAAGGCCCCAGCCGCCACCCCUGCUGCCACCCCUGCCACUCCUGCUGCCACUCCCCCCGUCAAGAAGAAGCUCUCGGAGGAGGAACGGAAGAGCGCCGCAGAGGAAUACACCCUCAUCCAGAUUGCUCUGAUCCUCUGCGCCACCUACCUCUACUACAACGCCUCGAACCGCUUCAUUGCACCCAUCUAUGGCACCAUCCCGACGCUGCUCUGCCACAGGCCCUUUGGCUUCUAUGCCCUCGCUGCCGGCGGUGCUGCCGGCGCGGUCCUGCACAACCUCAUCAAGGGAAACGACCGGACCAAGGUGGUCUAUAGCCGGCGCAUCAGCCUGGCCACGGCCUUCCUGGUGUGCUUCUCGCCCAUGUACUACAUCUACUUUUUCAAGUAUAGCCAAGAGUUUGGCCCACGCUGGGGCCCGCUCUCGUGCCUGGCUGUCAACCUGGUGGUCUACUUUGCCUCGGGUCUGCUGGCGGUCCUGAACGCCAUGCCCAACGUCGCUCGCAUCGAGUUCAUGGUCGCCUACUUUGCGUACAUGAUGAUUCCCCAGAACUUUUACAUCAACUACCCGUCCUGCAGUCUCAUCUGGGCGGCUGCCUCGGUCUUUGCCAUGUACGCCGGCUUUGGAUAUCGCGAUGAGUGGGAGUAUCUCCAGGACAAUCGCAAGGAGCUCCGGAAGCAGGUACCUCGAUCGUCGCUGUUCUUUGCCCGCGAGCGCUGGUGGCUCUGGAUCAAGCUUGGCAGACCCUACGUCUUGCCGCUCUUUGUCUCCUUGGGACUGCCGUUUAUCCUCCAGAUGCUGCUGCCCCAAACGGCAACCCAGACUCAGUCCUUUGAGCUCGGUCGGCCCACAGAAACGAAAUACCACCUCCUGGCCCGUGCCGAGACGUCGAGCGGCUUUGUUUCGGUGAUCGAAGAUCCCACCAAGUUUGAUGGCCUUCGUGUUCUCCGCGUUGACCACUCGCUCAUCGGCAGCGCUUAUACCUCGUACGACUUUGAGACUGCCUUCCAUUCGUUCUACUAUAUGGACUUUGUCCGCUUUGUUGAGAGAGAGCACACUCGACAUGAAAAGGCCUUGGCGAUUGGACUCGGUAUCGGUACUUCCGCCAAAGCCCUGAUGAACCAUGGCGUGUACGUCGACGUGGUCGAGCUCGACAAGCAGAUCUUCCAGUAUGCACAAGAAUACUUUGACUUCCCCGAGCCCUCGUCUGUCUACUUUGAGGACGGGCGCAAAUUUGUGGAGAAGACACAGGCCGAUACAUACGACUAUGUCAUCCACGACGUCUUCACAGGCGGCGCCGUGCCGGCGCACCUCUUCUCGGUCGAAGCCCUGCAGCAUAUCAAGCGCAUUCUGAAGUCUGACGGUGUCCUUGUCCUGAACUUUGUGGGCCGGUUCAACUCCCCCGCCACCAAAUCGAUCGCCAAGACCAUCAAGGAGGUCUUCCCGCACCAGGCUGUCUAUGCCGAGCUCACGGGUGCUGAGCUUCAGAAGAACAGCCAGACGCUGAUCAACAUGGUAUUCUAUGCGUCAAACAAGCCGAUUCGCUUUGAGGCACCCACGCCUGCCGACUUUGGCACCUCUGGAGUCUAUGCACAAACUCUCGCGACUUUCCCCGAGCACGACGUGACCAGCCUUGUCGAAGUGGCUCCACAGCCUGUCACCGACAAGCACAACCCGCUCAUGGCCGAGCAGAUCGAGUCUGCCUACGUUCACUGGCACGCCAUGCGAGACAUAUUCCCGCAGGAGUUUUGGAUCGAGUUCUAAAGCAGCGGCCUCGGCGGCGAUGACUCACGAUAAUGGUGGUCGUGAUGAUGAUGACAAUGACAAUGACAAUGACAAUGACAAUGACAGUGCUGACAGCGUGCGGGUGUGUGUUCGGGGAAGGAGGGACAAGUGUUGCUGAUGCAGACAACAUGCUUGGCCCCUCUUGAUCGACUCGAUUCCCGACAGAGAAAGGAAGAAAGAAAAAGGAAAGGAAAGGAAACGGCGAGCUUUGAAAGAGAAUAUAUACGGUGGGCUACAGUCAAUGCAUGACCGGGAUGUCGCGAGUAUAGAAGUGUACACAUCCCUUGAGGAUGCUGAAUCAUCGACAGCGAGUCCGUCCUGGCUGCAAUGUGUUCGUUUGUCUGGUCGUGGUGCAGCCAGCCGCUCGACGGAGGAGCCGUCCCUGAAUACACCAUGG